AUGAGCAGCACGAACAGCGCCUCUGCUAAUAACACGGGAGGCAAGAUUUCGCGAGCCUGUGACGCCUGUCGAGUCAGAAAGGUAAAAUGCAACGGUGAUCAGCCUUGCGCGCAAUGCGCUCAUCUUAAUCUGGCUUGCAUUUUUGCACCAGCGCCGCCAAAGCGCAAGCCUGGUGUUCGGGGCCGCCUCGUCGCUCAACUGCGAAACAAAUCGUCCAACAGCGGAGCGAGUAACUCAUCAAUAUCACAGACGACAGUAACGUCGCCCUCACCGGUCAAGAGUGGUUCGGCAAGCGGCGAUGUUUCGUCCGCCGGGUCAUCGCCAACGGCAGGCGUUAUUCCUGUGACCUCAAUAGCGGGCAUCGUCGACAAUCCAACGAGCAGCCCGCGAUCAGAGCAACCGUUUACAAUUGGGGGAUGCGGGUUCUCACAUGACUUCUUUCUUGGACUGUUACCUGAGUUUGAAGACCUGGUGUAUCCUGUCAACCCUGUCCUGACGCCUACCGAGAUUCGAACAGCCAUAUAUAACAUGCACAACAACUACGAAGAUGCUGCUCUAGUACAUGCCUACGCAACGGUAACAAUCAACCUCACCAAGACAUCGUGGACCAUGAAUGGAUGCGAUGUAGCUUCACAAAUGACCACCUUGAUGCAGUACUGUCUUUGGGCACAUCGGAAAGCAGAAAUGGGCAGAGAAAGCGACGGAUACACCGGGGGUUUGCAAGGGGAAAUGCCAGUUACGGUCAAGCGUAUCAUGACGUGCAUCUGGCUUGAGAUAAGUCUCAUGGCGUUUAAGCGAUUCGACCGCAGUUACACCAUUCUCCGGGAGGCAAUCAGCAUGGUCCAGAUGCUCAACAUGCAUCAAUACUGCGAAGGUGAUACCCGUCUGUCUCACACAGAGCUGACUCGGCGUCAACGUAUGUACUGGGAGGUAUAUAUUCACGAACGCUUUUUAUUCAUCAUGUCCGGUUUCCCUUGUACUAUGAUCCGUCUACGCACGGGUCUGCCCUUUCAUGAUGACACCCUCCCCACUCAUGUUGCAGUCGGAUGGAACCGCCUUAUCCUGCUCUUCCAAAACAUGGACGAUGCUUUUCUCAGCUACUGGGCUGCUCAGCAUGUUCCUAACCCCAUUCUUCCGGAAAUCACAUCACAAUGGAUCGAAAGCAAACAAGCACAGCUUGAUCAAGACGAAGCAGAUGCACUGAAAGCAGAACAAGAAAUGAUAACAGCUGGAUACGGCACCCUCAUCGAACUUCAACAUGUCGACUUAUUCAUCACACGCCUAUGGCUCCGAACCCUAGUAUGGCAACUCGCUCUCUCACAAGGCCUUCUUCGCUCCACGCCGACGCAGAACACGCACGAAGGCCUGUCCCUGCAUUUUCCUGCGCAACGUCUCUCCGCACAACUCCGCAGCCUUGUGUCACGCUUGAAAAGUAUAUCCAGCGUUGUAUUUCAUGGAAGUGGUAUCCUCCAAAAAUUAUUCGAAAUUACAAGCACAGUCGCAGAUGUCUUGGCUCUGCCUCGAGGAACUGGCCAGACAGAGGAGGAGUCACGGGCAAGAUUGGAGGAUUUCUUCUAUCUGGUAAGCUUUAUAUUCAGUUUUGAAAGGACGCAGAAGCAUCAAAGGGAUUAUUUACGGGAGAAGCUCGAAGUGCUGGAGAAGAUGUAUACCGUCGUGGAUUUUAGGGCGUUGGCGGGCGCAAGUCCAUCGUCUGCGGGAGAUGCUUAUGAAUCGAUAUCUAGAGCUACGUGA